UUCCUAUCUUACAAAGACAUAAAAAAAAUAACAAGAUUAACACACAUAAAGAACAGUUAUAGUAGAGCCAUAAACGAGUGUCAAUUUUCUUUUACUACAAAUACUGUUAAAGGUGGGAUUUUUCCAAGAAACAGGGAGGAAGAAACGAACCCAGAAAUUCAUUUUUCUUAUUUGGGGUUCCAAAAUGUGGUUCUUAGGAAGUAAAAGUUGGGUUCUUGGAUCAAUUUUCUAUGUGGGUUUGUUGUUAAAGAUGGAUUUGUGUAUGGGAAAUGAUGAAUUGUUUGUGUCUACAAAUGGUACUUCUGGGUGGCCAGCAUCAGUGACUUCUAUGUACAUUUUGGGUGAUUCUUCUGUUGAUUGUGGGGAUAAUACUCCUUUUUACCCUAUUUUGCACCAAAAUCUGUCUUUAAACCCUUGUAAUGGCUCUGAUCAAACCCUUCUUCCUCAGCUUCUUGCUAAGAAGAUGGGCUUGCAAUAUGUCAAACCAUUCUACAGCCAGAAUGGAUCGAUGGAGGAUCUUCUAAACGGAGUGAAUUAUGGUGCUGCACAAGCGACCAUCAUGUACCCCAAACGUGGAAGCUACCAGUCCCUCAACCAACAACUACGCCAAGCAUUUGAGACCAUACAGUUACUGCAACUUCAGCUAGGCCAAGAUACUGCAAAAAGUCUAAUUGAAUCCUCCCUUUUCUACCUGUCAUUCGGGAAAGAUGAUUUGAUCAAUUACUUGGUUGAUGAUGAAUCUUCAACAAGUCCCGGAUACAAUGGCCUACUUUUCACCCAUAUUUUGGUUGACCAGAUGAUAAAUGUCAUUCAGAAUCUUUAUGAUGCAAAUGUUAGGAAGAUAGUAUGCAUGGGCAUACUGCCUUUGGGAUGUUCACCGAGUGUAAUGAGCAUAAGGUACAAUUCAAGCAUCGGCUAUAAAUUGGGCUGUGAAAACGAUGUCAACUUACUAGUUUUGGAAUACAAUACAAGGCUAGAGCAGAGGAUUGUUGACCUUAACAUCAAAAUGCGAGGUGCUCAAGUCAUAUUCUGUGAUACCUAUCGAGCAAUGAUGGAAUUCAUUUUUCAUCCUCAAGCCUAUGGGUUUGAGGAUGCAAAGAAUGCUUGCUGUGGAACAGGCGAAUAUGGCGGAACAAAAGGCUGCCUUUCACCUGAUAUGGCGUGCCCCCGAGCUUCAACUCAUGUAUGGUGGGAUUUAUACAAUCCUACUGAAGCUGUGAAUGUCUUGCUAGCUAAUUCAGCAUGGUCUGGCGAUCCGUUGCCUUCCAUUUGUCGUCCGAUCACUUUCAAGGCACUGGAAUCCUCUGCAUACUAACUACAAAAUCACAAGUUCAAGUGCCUAGUUAACACUGUUUUUUCUCAUUCUUGAGAGUAGUUCACAGUGUGUAUUGUGUAGCAUUUGUACUCAGCAAUAUGUUGAAUGAUGAGAAACAAACUUAGGUUGGGAAAAUGUAUAUAAUAAAAUGUUCAGUUUGAUCUAA